GAGAGGAACAGAAACAUUAUCCAAUUGAUGAAAUGAGCUGUAUGCAGUCUCCCAUCAACACCGUUGUUGUCACUUGCAGAGGAAGCAAUGGCGCUUCUUAACGUCUCCCUUUGUACUGCCAAACUCCCACCAAAACCUUCUUUCCCUCUCCCUCUGACCUCCUUUCCCCUCCAACUCUCCCGUUCUGAGCAUCUGCCUUUCCAAUUGCAGAGGCUCGGGGAGCCACCUCUGAAGCUCGGCGAAUCGGCGGCAAGAACAGGGCUGCUUGCUCUGUUGUCUGCUUCCCUGUUUUUCUCCGAUCCCGCCCUUGCAUUCAAGGGCGGAGGCCCCUAUGGUGCCGAAGUGACCCGAGGUCAGGACCUCACCGGGAAGGAUUUUAGCGGAAAGACUCUGAUCAAACAAGACUUCAAGACGUCCAUAUUACGGCAAGCCAACUUCAAAGGGGCUAAGCUGCUGGGCGCAAGCUUCUUCGAUGCUGAUCUAACAGGGGCUGAUUUUUCAGAAGCUGAUCUAAGGGGCGCUGAUUUUUCCUUAGCUAAUGUGACAAAGGCAAACCUGAGCGAUGCCAACUUAGAAGGAGCUCUUGCAACUGGCAACACGUCUUUUAGGGGAUCGAACAUCAAUGGUGCUGAUUUCACGGAUGUGCCUCUAAGAGACGAUCAACGGGAAUACCUCUGCAAAGUUGCUGAAGGGGUGAACCCAGUAACCGGAAACGCUACACGAGACACGCUGCUUUGUAAGUAGGGAUGAAGGGUUUCCCAGCGGCUGCAUUGUCAUUUCAACCGAGCUGAGACGAGGCGACAGCUGAAAACAUAUGUACACUUGUAUGAUAAUAUAAUAUGCUCUUGUUUGUUGAUAUGGAGGACAUUAAUAUAUGUCAAUGCUGUCCAUAAGUAAGUUUUCUUGAUGAAUAUGAAUUUCUAAUAAAACAUGCAACUAUUAGUAUUUGACUUC